GUUUAUAGGGAAAAAUGUACGUCCGCAGAAAAAGUACAGUGCAACAAAAGAAGUGAAGCGAUUGAAUGGACCUAGAAUAUUAUCUGCGAAAUAUAAUGUUUGCCGUAUUGGAAAUGGAAGUAGUUUGUAAAACGUUUGAAUGCUGAUAUGUAUAUAUUUUAGUUCAAGGUCCACGAGAGACGACUGUCGACCUCUGCUUCACGAACAAUGGCAGCGAUGAGUCUCGGUUUCAUCGUCAUGGUCACCCCAUGGACCAUCCAGGAAGUUGUGGUCGCAUGUACCGGAAGUAAGCCACCACCGUUCCUCGAAUUUCUAGCAACGUGGCUUGCUCUCUCCAACAGCUUUUGGAAUCCUUUUCUUUAUUGGUUACUCAACAAUCACUUUCGACGAAUUUCGAAGGAAAUUUUCUACACGAAGAUUUUAUGCAGAUCAAAACCUCUUGGGCCAAAACAACAUUGCUGUGCUACCAGUACAGGUGGUUUGGAUGUCUGCAGUAUUGGCGGUCUUGAUUUAUCAGGUUUAGAUCGAUGUUCCAUCGAUCAUUGUUCCAUGGUAAGAUGUUCGACAUCGUCACUGGCCCUCACACCCCCACCUCUGCCAUGGGAAGCAAGACACAUUUGCAAUGAAGAAAAAAUGAUUACGUGAGGAAUGGAUGCUGCCACGCAAACUGAAUAUUCCGAUUCCCCGGAACACAGCAGUUAGUAUUGCGUGGCAGCAGGAUAAAAGUUAUAAAUAUUAAAAAACUUUUUAUAGUGAACACAUCAAAAAAUUUAUAAACUAUAUAGUUCUUAUAAUAUUUGGUCGAGAAUACCAAAUAUAAAAAAAAUGUUAUUUGCUUAACAAAAUGAAAGCAAAUCAAUAUAUAGUGAAAUAAAAAUAAUU